GAGGGGCAAUUUAUGCAGCGCGAAUAGCAGAUAUAGCCGAGAGCCAGCACGUUUCUGCAAAGGCGCACGAUGAGCAAGCGGGGACCGGUCCGGACACUAAUUAACAUAAUAAGGCGCACAAGUUCGCCAGCGAGUCGGGCACGUUUUAUUCCCCCGUAUUACCAUGUAGCCAGUGCCGCAGCGGGGAGAUAAUCGGGCGGAGGGAGCAGUUACAGAGAGGAGACAGAGGGAGAGAGAGAGCGAGCGAGAGAGAGAGAGAGAGAGAGAGAGGAGCUGGCAGCACAUGAUCGCACAGGCUAUCCAGUCACUGGUCAACUGGAGCAUUCAUAAUUGCGCUGGCGACAACAUAUGGGAAUACAACAAAGCGAGAUUGUGGUCACACCUGGUUCUGGAGGACGUCGGAGGAGCCAUGCGGGAAAAGGGCGGCCAGAUCUAAUGGACUUUGCAUCGAAUAGAGCGGAGAGAGAGCGGGAGAGCGGCGUCUGAAGCGCCAUCCGGUAGAGAGAAAAUCUGGAGCCAGAGGUGAAAAUGAAUCAACGCUGAAGCCGAGCAUAAAACCACAGACGAGAGAGUUGUUGCUGAUAAAUUCCGACUGUACGCCACGCAGCGUUUAUGGACUACACGUGGACAACAGCUGGAGGAGACACAGUCUGCAGCCUCUGAAGACGUGGCGCUGGAGACAACUGUGCAAAUGGUGCCUCAGCACCGGCUUCCCUGUCAGCCCCACGUCAGAAAGGUGGAGGUCGCAGGAGUCAAGCUCACUACGGUGAACUGAGGAUUAACCCCAGACCUGAAAACCAGAGACAGCGUUUAUGUUUACAUGAUGGCCCCUGUAGGUGUGCUCAGACUGCGUACCGGGGUCUUCCCACUGUUUCUUUUCCUGACACUACGUGCUGGCAUCCUUCAGUUCGCUGCCGCCACGAUACAAGGCUACAUCGGAGACAUGAUAUGCCCUUCUGUGUGCAGGUGCGACGAGGACUUUAUCUACUGCAAUGACCGUGGCCUGAACGCCAUUCCGUCACUGCCUCCGUCUGCGUCUGUCCUGUACCUUCAAAACAACCACAUCAACAACCCGGGCCUGCCCACUUCACUGGAGCACCAUCUAGCCAUCCGAGUAGUCUACCUCUACGAUAACGAACUGGACGAGUUCCCCAUGCACCUGCCACCGUCGGUACGUGAACUGCACUUGCAGGACAACAACAUCCGCACCAUUCCGCGGAGCGCCCUGGCCCGCAUGCCUUUGUUGGAAAAGCUCCAUUUGGACGACAAUUCUAUCUCCACCGUCAGCAUUGAGGAUCAGGCCUUUGCUGACAAUCCACGGUUGCGCCUGCUUUUUCUUUCCCGCAACCACCUGUCUAGUAUCCCCUCAGGACUACCUGCCUCUUUGGAAGAACUUCGCCUGGAUGACAACCGAAUCUCCACUAUCCCCACCCACGCAUUUAGGGGACUCACCUCACUUAGAUGUCUUGUUCUUGAUGGGAACCUUUUGGCAAACCAACGCAUCGCUGAUGAUACAUUCUCCCGACUUUCCAACUUGACCGAGCUAUCCUUAGUGCGCAACUCCCUCCAGACCCCACCUGUCAAUCUACCCAGUGCUCACCUGCAGCGCCUGUCUCUGCAAGACAACGCCCUGACUCAUAUGCCACGUGGUUCCUUAGACGGCAUGCAUCGACUGCUGAGGCUGGACCUUUCCGGGAACAACCUGACCACCCUUCCACGGGGACUAUUCAAGGAUCUGGACAGCCUAGGUCAGCUAUUGGUGCGAGGUAAUCCUUGGCACUGCAGCUGUAACCUGCGUUGGUUGUAUGACUGGCUGCAUGCUCGUGGUAACGCCAUCACUGUCCGAGGUCUCACAUGUCAUGGACCUGAUAGAGUGCGAGACAUGGCUUUAAUAGACCUGACCAGCGAAAUGGAGGAAUGUGAGGUGGUGAGGACAUCAGGCACCCGAGACAGAGUGGGUGGAGGUGGGGUUGAUAGCUCUACUACCCACACACCUCCACAGGGCUCUCUUUUCACGCUCCGCUCAAAGCGGCCUGGCCUGGGACUUCCUGACUCGGGCUUAGACUACACUCUUAGCAGCAGCGGUGUAGGGAAGAGUCUGGCGCUUAAUGUGAAGCCGCUCUCUCACAACAGCAUCCGUGUUACCUGGAGCGUGGCCCAGCCCAGCUCGUCCUUCAGGCUGAGCUGGCUCCGACUGGGCACCGGCAACGCCAUGGGAUCAAUCACAGAGACGCUGGUCCGGGGUGACCGCCGAGAGUACCUGCUUACUUCGCUGCAACCAGAUUCCAGCUACAUCAUCUGUAUGAUACCCUUGUCUGCAAGUUCCGAAAACAAAGGGACCAUUUCUGGCGAUGCUGAUUCGGAUGAAGCUCUGGUGUGCGCGAAAGCUGAAACGUCAGAGAUCAGCCCGUUGGAGGAGGAGGAUGAUAACAACUCACAGCAGGUGACAGUGCUGCCUUUGGCAGGAAUUAUUGGUGGGGCCACUGCCAUUGUAUCGCUGGCUCUUAUUUUCGGCAUCUUCUGCUGGUAUGGACAUAGGAGUGGGCAUUUGUGUUCCCGGGACCACUAUACUCGCAACAACUCCCGAAAAAGCAAAAGCUAUGAUGAUUACAUUGAGUCGGGCACCAAGAAGGACAACACCAUCUUAGAGAUCCGUGGCCCGGGGUUCCAGAUGACGCCUAUGGCAGCUUGUCAGCCGAUGCAGCCUAAGCCCCUACGAGAGGAUUACAUCAUCCACACCAUAUUCCCUUCCAAUGGCAGUGACCUGUACAAAGGUGCCAACCAUGUUUCUAAUGCAGGUCACGGCACCAACCGUGGAUAUCGAGAAGGAGGAAUCCCAGAUAUAGACUACUGUUACACAUGAUGUACUAUAACAAACCCUGUUCACAGUGUAAUUGGUAAACUGUAUAGAUGCACAAUUUCCCUUCGCAUGGACACUUCUGAAGCACCCCUCUGUGCCUUUUUCUUCUGGUCACCCAUUCCAAAUUACCUGCCGUUCGCUGCACUGACAGUACAGUAUGUGAUUACCUGGAACUGAAACCGUGUGAAAACAAUUCACAGCGGGAAGCAGCAGCCAGUGCCCCAGGUGUAAAUGCACAGCUGACUGUUUUCUUUACCAUCUUAGUAAUGGUCUGUGCGUGUUUCCCUUUCUGCUCUAUCCCUGUGACAUGUAGACAACGAAUGUAUCCACUGUGGAAAGGUCAGGCUUAGCAUAGUUGCAGGUGAAGUUCCACUUUCACACACGGGAGCCGGUACGAAAUGGAUGAAGCAUCGCUGGGAAAGGGACAUUUUUGCUACUCAUUUCCUGCUCACUGGAAUCACAGUAUGUAGUCUUAUCAAGUCAUUGUUUCAAAUGCCUCAACUAUAUUGAUGUGCCCUACCAGCUAUCCAAGGAAAGGGCUUUGUAAAGCUGUGAAUUGUUUUGUUUCUCUUUCAAAUGAUCCAAUAACCACAUGUCUUAAAGUAGGCUCGUUAUUACCUUAUUCAUUAGUUGGCAGGUUGAAGAUCCAAUCGGGGCCAGUCAGCCUUGGUUUUACCUCUUGAGAUCAUUCACCUGAGAUCGAUAUUAAGGCGUUGCAUCAGAUGAGCUGCAGCACGAGAGUGUAGAUAACUUACUUAGAUACCGACUGGGCUGUGUUUGAAAAAUGCUUUGCUGUAUUUAUCUGUUGUCUGUUUAGUUAUUAAAUCCUGCACACCUCCCUUUAUUUAUUAAUUUUGUUCCUUAUGUAAUGGGUUUUUCUGUGUCCGCUAACACUGUGUGUUUGUGUGUGUGUGUGUGUGUGUGUCAGUGUGCGUGUGUGUUAUUCUUUUAUUAUUUCCGCCUUCUGUUUGUCAUUAUUGAUGAAAUCCAGCUGUGAUGGUGAUGAUGAUUAUGAAAAUGGGUUCGGUUCAACUAAGGAACAAAACGGCAGAAGUGAGGAAAAUAUGCUGAUGGCUGUCUCCAGGUUCAUGUUUUCCUAAAUGAAGCAGAAUAAACCCGAACGACAGACUGUCUCGUCAGCUUCCUGAGAGAUUAGAGACCGACCUCAGUCCCCUCCUCUCCCACGUCGUGCCUGUGUGCUUCACCCGUGACUUCAGCCGGUGACUCCUGGCUGUAAAACGUUUGGUCCGCAUCCUCGGGGAACGACGGGAAUCCAGACCGGCCGAGGUGACAAUGUGGAGCCUCCUGAGUGAGCCGGACUCUUCUAAGUGAACCGGGAGGAGACUCGAACCGCAAAACACUGUUGAGACGCACUGUAAAGUGAACUGUGGGGUGGGGGGUGGUUUCGUCUGGGGGGAGCGUAGCGCGAGGAGUUCAUUGGUGUUUGUUUUAGUGACGGUGCGAGGCCUCCACUCGCUCCCGUUUUAUUACUGAGCAGCACUAAAAAUGUAAAUGUAUAAGCACUUAGCAGAGAACAGGGGUAAAUGUAAUGACAGGCAGGGGAGACGAGGGCGAAAAAAACACCUCGAGUCACCGGGAACGAUCCAGAAUUGAUGGCUGCAGAGCGGAGGAGAUCACCCAUGCAUAAAUCUGUUUGUCAUAUUCCGCCUCCUUUCCCUUGGGUUCCAUGUUGUCCAUCGCUUGUUUACCACUGUGUAGCUUCCAAAUGGGAAACCAAUUGUGCUUCCUUGACUGUUCUGUCCGCCGGAGUUUCACACCGGCCUCAGACAAUAUGUCAGUGGAAUGUAUAUUUUAUGUUGCAUCCAAACCCGCUCGUUUAAAACAAGUACCAUCCUACAGUACUGGCUCGGCUGGAUUCUGUCGUUGGGGAAUGUUGAUGUAGUGUAAUUGCUAUUUUAUAGUGAGUCUAUUCAAGAUAGUACUUCCUUGUCAUUUGUAAAAAUAAAACCAUGGCCAUAGCCACUUGGAUAUUUUUUUUCUGGUGAAGAUUAUAGGAAGUAAUGGUGCCAUAACUUUGCAUAGAAAAAUCUGUGAACCUGAGAUACGUGUGGAAUUUGCUUUAUGAAUUCAUCUUCAGAGGGGAUCAAUAAAAAGUUUUAUAAUCUUGGUA